AUGUCGGGCCUCCUGUCUCGCGCAACAUCCGAUGCGCGCUUCCAGCUUGCCGCGACCGCUGUCAUAUCGGGAGGUAUCGUGGCUGCGGGUCUUCUGAGCUACCAGCGCCUGUCACACGAGCAGAGAGUGUCCAGGCUCAAGGACUCGAUCCCCAACCCCAGCGACGACCACCCACCGCAAAAGCUCACGAGCCUCGGGACGAUACCUGCGCCAGACAAGGAAGACAUCCGAACCGAGGAACUCGCGCGACGCGCCCAGGCGGGUGACUUCGACGAUGAGCUGAUCCUCGAGCAGCUGGCGCGGAAUCGUGUCUUCCUGACACCAGAAGGCCUCGAUAAGCUGCGCAACUCGUUCGUGAUCGUCGUCGGCUGCGGCGGCGUCGGCAGCCACGCGACGGCCUCGUUCGCUCGGUCCGGAGUCUCGAAGCUGCGGCUGAUCGACUUCGACCAGGUCACCCUGAGUAGCCUGAACAGGCAUGCCGUUGCGACACUGGCGGACGUGGGGUUGCCCAAGGUACAGUGCUUGCAGAGGCGGCUGAGGGCGAUCGCGCCUUGGGUCAAGUUCGACCUGCGCCUGGAGAAAUUCGACGGGGACGCCGCCGAAAGGUUACUGGGGCCCUGGGCCGAGGGCGGGCAGAAGCCCGACUUCGUGGUCGAUGCCAUCGACAACAUCGACACCAAGGUCGCCCUGCUCAAGCACUGCCAUGACCACAAGAUCGAGGUGAUCUCUGCCAUGGGUGCCGGGUGCAAGAGCGACCCGACGAGGAUCAUCAUCGGGGACAUCAGCACAAGUACGGAUGAUGGCCUUUCAAGGGCGACCAGGCGCCGCCUGAAGCUGCAGGGCGUCUCGCAUGGCAUUGCGGCCGUGUACUCGACCGAGCGGACGGCAGAAGGCAAGGCACAGCUGCUCCCCUUGUCUGACGAAGAAUUCCAGAAGGGCACCGUUGGUGACCUGGGACCACUCCCUGACUUCCGCGUACGAAUCCUGCCUGUCCUCGGGACUAUGCCAGCAAUCUUCGGGCUCACAGUCGCCAACCAUGUCAUCCUUAAGAUCACAGGGUAUCCUUGUGACUACGUCGAAUCCAAGGGUUCAGGCAAGACAUACGACUCUCUGUUCUCCGCCAUACAGGCCAACGAGCAGAGGCUAGUAAGAUCAGAGCCGGGGGCUCCUGUUGACAUUGCCCUGGGCCUGAGGAUACCGCUGACUCACAGCGAGGUGGCCUUCCUUGUGGAAGAGAUGUACAGGGGCAGGAGUGUGAUCAGUGGUCUACCGACGGGUCUCUUCCUCAUUAGGUGGAGGAAACCCCAGAGCAGCAUCCUGAAGACGCUCGGCGACGGAGAAGACCAGCAGAAGUGGACGACCCUGAAGUUGAGCGAACUGGUGUGCAUGACCAAGAAGGAGUUCAAGACACAUGAGGAGCAAGUGCUCAAGGGAGGAAAAUCCCCAGAGGAUCUAUACGAUGCGGAGACGGUGAAGCGAGUUGAGGCCAAGAUAGCAGAGGUAGUUGAGUACGAGAGGUGGCGCUAG